CUGCCUUUCAUCAAAUCCUAGCUCUUCCAGGAUGCAAAUUCAGGUGACAUCAUUAAAUGCCUUGAGCCAGUGGAUACCCGGGAUCAGGGAAGUAGGCUUCGACUUCCGGCACUUCUAUAAUAGUGACGAUAGCCCGUCUACGAUGACGGUGUAAUUAACAAAUCAGUCACUGCUAUGUUAUAUUAAGUCUACGACUCCGACUCCAAAAACAGAAUACCUUUCUGGUCCAGCAUGGCUAAAAAGACAAUGCCUUCCUGGCUUCGCAUGGCACUGUCUACAGUUCGAUUCCUUCGUCCCAAGAGGACAGCGAACGGAACCGGGAGCAACGACCUAGCUCGAAGAAGCUCCCAAACCAUCCACGCCCCGGCAGUGGAGGCAGACCGGCGCGAGAGUGCCACCGACUCAGAAAUUACUCAUUUACAGUCAAAGGAGCCCCAUGCUACCUCACAGGAUCGUCGUUCCAGCCUCAUGGAUGCUCCAGUUGAUAUCGUUUCGAUGAUAUUUGAUCUAUUACCGCUCCCGUCGCAAGCCUGUCUCGCACUUAGUUGCAAACCGCUAUACGGACUCUUCGGCUACAUACUUGAGGACGAAGAUCUAGCCUGGCCAACGCUGGAUACUAAACACUAUAAGGCUCCACUAGUUGCACCGAGACCUCCGCGAGACGAGCUUCUGCUCCAGCUCGAGGAUGAUCGCUGGCGAUACUGCUCAGGGUGUCUGAAGCUUCACCCACAUGGUCUAUUCUUUCCAGAUCGCACUUCUAAAUGCUGCAUGUAUGAGGCGGGAGUGAUCGACCUGUGUUCCUGCCUUUCAUUGACCUUCUUCGACAGAAUGCAUAUAGAAGGGUGGUUACGCGCGGGGACUACCGAUACUCUCUCGCCCCGACUCCGGCAGGCAUUCCAGCUGACGGUCAUCAAAGGACGACGACAUCUUCUACACAAGUGCUCGACGGCAGAUGGUAUAUACGCCUCCUAUGACCUCGAGAUAAUGGCAACCAUCGGAGAAAGUAAACAUCUGGAAGUGCAGACACGCUACCAUGUGCAUGUGGCAGAUCUUAAGCCAAUCCAUCUUUUUGCAAUUGACUGGCGCCAGUUGUCGUGGGAAAAGUUAGACCCACCCCUUCUAUGCCCACACAAUUGUAUGGUUGCAUUCGUAUGCGGCUCUGACCGCGAGCGAAGAGAGCACUGCGGCCUAUGCAACACGACUGCCCGCAUCCUUGCCUGCAGCGAAAGCAGAUUAAGUAUGGUCGUCGAGGUUGUGCGGGAUCUGGGGGGAGUCUCGCCCAUGGAUCGCCAAUUGUGGAACAGGAGCAUACGACCGGCACUGGUUGCAAUAAGUCAGUCAUGGUAUGAAAAAUAUAGGGGGCCGGGCAUGAGUAGACACACUUUGAAAGCAUAGGGGUUGGGUUCAAUGGAGUAUGCUGUCUUGACGCAAGCGCUGCAUGGGCGGCUGGGAUGACUUUUGGGCGUGGUUCAUGAAUGAGGAU